UGCACCCUUUCAGAAAGAUAACUGAUAAGACAGUGUUUGUUUGUGUCUCAUCUCUAAUGUAACUACCUUCUACUUCAUCCUGGGACUGCAAAUAAUCUGUGAAUAACAAUGUCAAGAGGAGAAAUCGUCGGGCUUUUUCUGACUGUACUGUUUGAGACGUCGUUGCAUCAAUGCGACAAUCCGAUGGACUGCCACAACCAGGAAGUCUUCAGUUCAUCUACGACAGGAAUUCCUCAAAUGCUGAGAGCAGGUGUGAGAGAGGUUUUUUUUGUGGCUAGCCAGGUGGAAACAAUACCUAAAGCAGCCUUUGCUAAAAACCCGCAGCUUGAAAAGGUGGAGUUCCUCAACACUCCAACAUCAGCUAUUGAGCCAGGAGCUUUUGAAGGUUUGGGGUCCCUCAAGCACCUUGAGAUCUCCAGCACUCCAUUAAUGUUAAUCCCACUGGGAGUCUUCAAAGACCUCAGCAACCUGGAGAUGAUCAUACUGAAGUUUAACAGGCUACGUCGUUUGGAGAGAGGCUUGUUUGAAGGCCUUGAAAAAGUAAGGCAGAUCGAGGUACAUGGGAACGAGAUCGAAUCGAUUGAAGAUGGGACGUUUGAAGGUCUUGAGAACCUUGUGUCUCUCCAUUUAGCUAAAAACAACAUUUCCACUGUAUCUACCAGUUUGUUCUCACACCUUAACAAACUGCAGGUACUACGUCUUUAUGAGAAUCAGCUAACCACCAUUCCUGAGGACAUUUUUCUGAGUUUACCAAACUUGACGGAAAUCGCCUUGCACAGCAACAAAAUAGCCGAAUUAUCACCAAAUCUGUUUCCACAUAAAGACAAACUAAAGAAGAUCACUUUGGAGAACAACCUCCUCACCAGUUUACCUGAAGAAUAUUUUGUUGGCUUCCCUCAGCUUAAAACUCUGACCCUGCGGAAGAAUAAACUGACAAGUCUCCCACCAGUUCUUUUUGGAAAAAUGCCUAAACUGACUGAUCUAAGCCUCAGUCACAAUGAUCUCAGCACCCUUCCUCCAGGAAUAUUUAGCCCCCUGAACAAAGUCAAGAAGCUUGACUUGUCUAAUAAUCAUUUUGUCUCCUUGUCUCCCGAGUACUUUGAAGGCCCAGAGAAGCUCACAGAGCUGAACCUACAGAAUAACAAGAUAAAUUCGCUGGAUGCAGAUGUGUUUGAAAAGCUUCAGUCACUGGUCACACUAAAGCUCGAUCAUAACGACCUGCAGACGCUCCCUGAGGAUAUUUUUGAGCCGUUAAUAAAGCUAAAGAAGCUUUACCUCAGUGAAAACCCUUGGCAAUGUGACUGUAAUCUGAUUUCUUUUCACCUCUGGAUAAAAGCAAACUCUGACAAGCUUGUGCAGCCUGUUGUCUGUGAGUAUCCAGAACAUUUAAAGGGGCAGGAAAUCCAAUCCUUGACAGAAGAUCAAUUCAUUUGCCCCACCCUUCCCCCCACAACUACCCGCCCCACCACCACCACGACAACAACUCCCACAACCACAACACCACCAACUACACCUCCGACCACAGAAGCAACAACAAUAAUACCAACCACAACUUUAGCUACAACCACCUCAACCACAACAACAGCCACACCUACGACUACUACAACAACAACCACACCCACAACUACUCCAACAACCACACCCACAACAACAACCACAACCACUACUCCAUCAACCACACCUACAACCACACUUACAACAACCAAACCCACAACCACUACAACAACUACAACUCCAACACACAGAAGCAAAGCUCAGCAGUGCAAGUCCCAGCUGAUGAUCUACACUGCACUGCUGGUGGUGGAGAUCACCUGCACACUGGUGCUGGCUAAGUUCACCCUGUCUCUUUACUGCCUGCUGCAAUUCAGAGAGAAGAUGCAUCACAGGGUCAAACUCACACGCUUCUCCUACAGGAAAGAGGUCAUCCUGAGGCCUCUACGAGAGGCAGAGACUCGAGGACUUUAA